AUGUACGGGGGUCCUCUGUGCGACUACUCACGUUCCAGCGAUUUCACCAACUACCAGGCCCUUCUCGGUAUCGUAGUUGACGAGCAUGACGACCAGCUUACUGGGCUGUGGUCAGGGUGUGGAGGUACCAGUCAGGUUGAUGAUUCUACUGCCACCCAAGAAGAACGCGCUGAGCCGACGACGAGUUCACCUGUCAAGACGCUUGCGGCGACCGUCAAACUAGAGACCCCUCGAGCGCAAACCAAGGCUCCAACGAGCAACCCUCCAACGACGAUUCCGGAGUCCCCUAAUCCGAAGAAGAGGGCCGUCGCCAACGCAGACCUCCCCGAAUCUCCAAAACGACACAAGAAAGAGCAGGCGAAAGAAGGUCACGCAGACGCACCCACACACAAAGACGAACAAGAAGGUACUGGCCUUGUCAUCCAGCACGGCGAUGAGGUCGACGUUCAAUACGUUCUUUCGGUUCAGAACCAAGACGGGACGUAUACUAUCAGACGCGAGGCCAUAACCCUUACUACGGUGAAGAUUGGUGACGAAGCAGCGCUUUUCGGUGUGUAA